AUGCACGUCUCAGUACGUGCCUUAGUCACACACCACACGGCACACUCGCACAAGACACUGCUACUGAAGACACCAGCGCAUCCCACAUCCCAUCUACGGUACUGCUCUACCGGCCACGUGCACACGCCAUUGGCGGCAUGCACUCAACGAGCGCAGCAGAGACACAAGAGAAUUUAUAACCCGUCGCCAUGCACUGGCAUGCGUGAUGAUGAAUAUAGUGGACACACAGUAAGGCGCUGGCUAUCUACGCAGUUUCCUCUGCACUCUGUAGGAAGCGAAGACACAACUCAUGAUAUCGGUAGGAGGAGGGGUAGGUGUGCUAGUACCUGUGUGAGCGGACUGGAUAGGACGGCGAAAAUACCUGAUCACAAGGAAUGCAUUAACGCACACGAGCUGAAUUAUGUGGACGAGAUGAUGUUCAGCGAACUACUGGACAUGUCUCUGCCUGCGAGUGCGACUGACUACGCUACACAUGGCACAGCUGCAUGUAGUAUGGACAAAGAUGGUCAGGGGAGGAGUUUUAAGACAGCUCAAUCUAUAAGUCAGUGUGACACUGAGACCACACCACGACCACCUGUGCGGCAAGCAGAUGGGACACAAGACUUGAACUACAUUGAUGCCAUGGUGUUCAGAGAGCUCUUGUCUAUGCCCAUAGCUGAAAGCUCGAUGGCGUAUGGGGUUGGUGGAGUAGGUGUCGAUACUAGCAGCAGAAGCAAAGGUCCUGGACAGGGGCGGCAGGGCAGCCCUGAGGAAAAUUCCUUGGGACAUGCACACGUGAACUAUGUCGAUCAGAUGAUGUUUGGUGAUCUGCUCGACAUGCCGCUAAAAACACAGCCAGACCACAAUGACAGUCCCUGCAAUGGCGCCGUAGGAAACAGAUUGGACGAGUUGUGGGAUUCAUCCGAUUGCAAUGCCACAGCGACUGUGCAGAGGGGCACGUCGCCAGAGCUACGCCUAGAAGACCUGAACUACAUCGACCGGAUGGCGUUCGGUGAUUUAGAGAACAUUCAGUUAGCGCCCCAGUCUACAGCAUUGCCCAUGGGAGACAAGAGGUUAUUGCUGACGAAGGCGCUUGUCACACCCAACACCAGUGGUGCGCACACACAGACAGAGACGGGGCGGGCUGGACUCGGCAAGGUGGGUGGCACUGGGACGUUGCAUGCGGCGAGUGAGGGAAUGAAAGAGGAUAGCAUGAACUACAUAGAUCAGAUGAUGUUUGGUGAUAUAGAAGACAUGCUUGUGCGAUCAGACCCCUCCACCGUGCCGGUGGAAGUGCCCGUCUCAGCUUCACACACACACACCCGGAAUAGUCCGAAUGUCCUGCCAGACAGGUGCAGGGCUACACCCUGCAACAGGGGAGAGGGGGAGAUACACCCCGUGCAGCAGGAUGUCUCCAAGCGUUUGACGGCAGAGGUCCAACUGAACUACAUAGACCAGAUGAUGUUCGGUGGUCUGCUGACAGCGACACCCCUCUCCAUGACACAGGAGAGCCAGCUGGAAGGUGCAACGGGUGUGGCGUCGGACCUCACAGACAACGGGCACACACACAACUCAUUAGACAUGGCCACGCCUGGGAAGUGGGACGACAGCACCAGUGAGAAGGUGAGGCCGUCUAUGUCGAAGGGUGCGGUAGGCGCAGUGGAGGUAGACGUUAGCAUGAAUUACAUUGACCAGAUGAUGUUUGGCGAAUCGGAGGGGCUGCAACUAGACCCGGGCGAGCGGUCCUAGGCUCAGGGCACCCGGGUGCAAAGGACAGGUUAAUGUUCGGGACAACUUGGCGCAGUUAGUCGUACUACACUGCAGCGGAGAGGGUGGCAUGCGCAAUAUGAGACCCAAUUGUGUACAUUAGCUUCUGAUCGGCUUGCAGUGGGGGGUGGGUGUUCACCUGGGCUACCUGCCCGAUACUUAUCUACCCCUCCUAUUGCAUUUUUUGGGUGCAUGUACUCGUACUGUGAACAUCAGGAGGAAACACAUCUAUGAGGCCUGACUGAUACUUGAAAGCCGCACCAUCCGGUUUGCUUAGGCAAAGGGAUAGACUCAGAAGACCAAUAUAAUAUGAUAUUAGUAUACUGGACGUUGCAAGUGUUUGGGAUCAUGUCACGCAUGUAAACAUUAGUGCAGUAUUGUAUACUACACCAAUCAAAUGUAUGCAAACAAGACUUAACACCAAUUGAAUGCACACGAUUAAGACUUAACACAAAUCAAAUGUAUACAAUUAAGACUUAGCACCAAUCAAAUGUAUACAAUUAAGACU